GAACACGGAGUUUAACCGGGACUCGCGCCAGUUCGAACCCCAAGCCCGCCCGAGACCCCUGCGGCGGCCCGAGCAAAGCCCCAACACCCAGCCUAGCGCCGUUGUAGAUCAUUAUGAGAAUCCUAGGAAUGUGGGGUCCCUUGACAAAACAUCCAAAAACGUCGGGACCGGAUUGGUGGGUGCGCCGGCGUGUGGUGACGUCAUGAAACUGCAGAUCCAGGUGGAUGAGAAGGGGAAGAUUGUGGAUGCCAGAUUUAAAACAUUUGGCUGCGGCUCCGCCAUCGCCUCCAGCUCCCUAGCCACGGAGUGGGUAAAGGGAAAGACGGUGGAAGAAGCUUUGACCAUCAAAAACACGGACAUCGCCAAGGAGCUCUGCCUCCCGCCCGUGAAACUGCACUGCUCCAUGCUGGCAGAAGACGCCAUCAAAGCUGCCCUAGCCGAUUACAAACUGAAACAAGAACCCAAGAAGGGAGAGCCAGAGAAGCAGUGAGCCCUGGAGAAGCUCCAGCGGGUCACAGCUGCCUCCUGCCACCCUGCACCACAUCAACGCUACGAGAAACGCACACUGUUCACCAUUGCCAUUGUGGUUCUAAUGCAGGCAAAUACACUGUUUGAUUAUGCCUAGUUCUACGUUCCUUUCAGCUCACUCGUAUCUUUAGUGCAAUUAACGUCUGUUCUGAUUUAUGUUGUGUCCUGAGAGCUGAAGUCUUAAGCUUUGGUGGCCUUUGAAGAGUGACAGCAAGUUUUACCUAACCCUGUGGGGGGGAGGUUGCCAGCAGAAUGCCUUGUAGUUAUUUGAUAGAAUUUAUUACUGUAUAUUUAACAGAUCUGCAUAUAUAUAUAUAUUAUAAUAAAAGAAUGUAAGAUGAUGGUUAUCUCCAGUGAA